AUGAUUGACUACCACAGCAGAGGACCCACGGAACCAGGAAAAACGUAUGAUGAACGGGUACUGGAAGUCCGUCGUGAUCCAAACAGAAGUUCUCAUAUAGCACUUGUGGCAGGAACAGAAGGAAAACGGUGGAUACUGGCUACGGAGAACAUGAAGGCUGGUGACAUCAUUUCAACUACAUGCCAUAUUCCGGAAAAUCCUGUCAUUGGAGUUGAAGGAAAUUCAUACCCUGUUGGUUCUCUUGUAGCAGGCACACUAAUAAACAGUGUUGAACGGUAUCCAACAUUGGCUGAGAAUCUGGACAGUGAUGUGUUCGUCGUAAAAGCGGGUACAGCUGCAACUAUUGUUCGACACCAAGGAGACUUCACAGUCAUUCGG